GGUGUGUCUUAUACAUUUAGCUCCUCAAGGAAGUACAAGUCAAAUUAUCUUUUUACAGUAGUGUGAGCACAAGACAGAGUUUGUAGAGGAGUUUUCUUUGAUUUCAGCUGUCUGAGGAGAUUAUUUCAUCACUCGCGCGCUGGAUUUCAACCACCUAAUCUAAGCGCAGAGGGAGGACAGAGCAUUUGAACAGAAGAGGGAGAGUGAACAAGAGAAAAGCCAGGCAAAUUUCAAAAAAAUAAAAUCAUCAACACCUUAGAUGUCCUGAGGGUGAUUAAAUCACAUGGAGGCGUUCAGCUCCAAAGACAUGGCGCUCAAGGCCCAGAAAAAGAUCCUGAGCCAAAUGGCCAACAAGUCUGUGGUGCAGAUGUUCAUCGAUGAUACCAGCAGCGAGAUUCUAGAUGAGCUUUACCGUGUGUCAAAGGAGUACACUGGGAACCGCUCAGAGGCCCAGAAAGUGGUGAAAGACCUCAUUAAAGUGGUGGUGAAGAUAGCUGUCCUUUUCAGGCACAAUCGAUUCAAUGAUGAGGAGCUAAAGCUGGCCCAGAAUUUCCAAAAGAAAUUGCACCAGGGAGCCAUGACAGCCAUCAGCUUCCACGAGGUAGAUUUCACCUUUGACAAAGCAGUUAUGUCAGAGAUCCUGAAAGAAAGUAGGGACAUGCUUCUGAAGCUUGUAAACACUCACCUCACACCAAAAUCUCACAGACGCAUCAACCACGUCUUCAACCAUUACGCUGACCCCGAGCUCCUCACCCAGCUUUACAACACAUCGGGGCCUCUCAAACACCACCUCACCAAAAUCUGCAACGGGCUUAACAAACUGCUGGAGGACGGGACGUUAUGAGGACGGUGAAGCACUAAAAGGAGGACCACCUUUUAUCUCAGACUGCAUACAAUGCCACCAAAGAGGCAGAAAGUGACUGACUGAAAGGGUCACACUUCAGUUCAACCCCUGAAAUAGAGUUGCUGUGCAAUUAAUAAAUAUUAGUGGCCUGAUACUGUUAACACAACCACUGUUACUGCCUGAGCGAGCUCAGAUCAAAUGUAAAAAUAUCAUCUGAACAAUUUUUUAAGCUCGGAGACUCCAGCUGCGUUGGAUAGAGGGUUUCAAGGCUACUUAUUUUUUUAUUAAUGAAGUCUAAACCACUGUGGUUCAACUACUCAACUAAAUUUGAGCACAUUGUAUUGUUCAAAACUGUUAACAUUUUUGAGCUGAUUGUUUACCUCCUAGGACAACAAAAUAACAAGAACCGGAACACACAAACACAUUUAGAAAGACAUU